CCAAUUCAAGCCUAUGGUGCUUGAAUAUCACUGAGUCUCUGUUGUUUGCAGAGGCGUCUGGAACAGAUCCCCCACGAAAAUGGAGAGCUGACUGUAUGCACACACACUUACACACCAGCAAGCACUAUCACCAAUUUUAAAAGAACUGCUUUGCCUCCCCAUACCUUUAUGUUCUCAAAGGUGGCAAAGAAAUAUGGGAGGAUCUUCACUAUGUGGAUGGGACACAAACCCAUGAUUAUACUGAAUGGGUUUCAUGUGGUGAAGGAGGCUCUGGUCAUGCACUCUGAACACAUGAUUGUGAGGCCCACUACCCCCUUUGUGGAUGAUGCAAUGAAAGGGAAAGAGCAAAGACGACCCCAGCAGUACAUUUGAUGAAGAAAAUUUGACCCACGUAGUUACUGACUUCUUUUCAGCAGGGACAGAAACAACAGCAGUAACACUUCUCUGGGCCCUGCUUUACAUGGUAGCUUACCCUGACAUCCAAGAGAAAGUCCAGAAGGAAAUCCAAAGUGCUGUAAGACCUUCUCACAAGUUCUGCUAUGAAGAUCGGAAGAAGUUGCCAUACACUAAUGCUGUCAUUCAUGAGGUCCAGCGGUUUGGUAACAUUAUAUUGGUUGGAUCCUUCAGAGAAUGCACAAAAGACAUCACCUUGCAAGGCUUUCAUAUCAAGAAGGGUACCACCAUCAUCCCAGAUACAGCUUCAGUUUUGUAUGACCCUGAACAGUGGGAGACGCCGCAUCAGUUCAAUCCAAAUCACUUCCUGGAUAAAGAUGGGAAUUUCUUUUGCAAGGAAGCCUUCAUGCCAUUUGGAAUAGGCCAUCGUGUGUGUUUAGGUGAGCAAAUGGCAAAAGUUGAACUCUUCAUUUUCUUCUGCAGCCUCCUUCAGGCUUUUAAAUUCCAACCUCCAGAAGGAACAAAAGUCAACACAGAACCUGUGGUUGGAGGUGUAGCCAUAAUCCCACAACCUUAUGAGAUCUGUGCUAUUCCUUAUUAGAUGUACAGGGGAAGGAAUUUGCUUGAGGCAGGUUAAAAAUGGACUUAACUGCAGAAGUUGGCUCUAUUGGUGAUUUCGCCUUGUCAGCCAGCAUGAUUCCAAGUCUUUAAUUUUCUGCUUUGCUCCAACUUGGAUAUUUUCCUGUUUCCUGGGCCCAUUCAGACUGGCCUUUUUGCACUGGAAGGAACUGGAAAGCUUCGAUUUCCUCCUCCCCGAAUCCUUCCAGAAGCAAGUGCUGACUACCAAUCAGGGCAUUUUAACCCUGAAUGCUCUCUCAGAAAAAGCGGGUUAAAUUGAAGGCGCCUUUCCUGUCAAUCAAAUUUAGUUCCACAAUGGUCAUAGGUGAUGUUUCCUGCACUCAUUGGCCCAUCAGAAGUGUCCUUCCCCCUCCUUUUUAAAGAAAAACCCAGUAUGUUCAGAUGCUGUCAAAUUAAAAACCUCUUGUGUGUGUGUGUGUGUGUGUGUUGUGGAUAUUUGGAUCAGUGUUUUCAACCCCCCAAAUGCAAGCUAAUGUCAUCUCUGCAUCCUGCAUCUUCCCUCCUUGCCACCCCAU